GGCUUAAAUCCAUUGCUUCCCUCUGCUUCCUCUCCGCCUCUCCCUCGCUCUCUUCGAGUGUGUUAGGGGGUUGCCUUUAUAUUUUCUUUUUUCCAAAUUUUCUCCUUUUAAGGAGAGCAAAAUGUGGAGGAUUUGAGAGAUGUUUCAUGGUUGAAGGUUUUGGAACCACUGCAACUAUGUCGACUUCUCCUUCUUUGGUUGGUGGGGAGAAGAGACAUUGGUGGGUUAGCAACAGAAAGGUUGUCGACAAGUAUGUGAAAGAAGCUCGAUCGCUAAUCGCCACCCAAGAGCAGUCGGAGAUCGCUUCGGCCCUGAACGUCCUCGAUGCUGCCCUUGCGCUCUCUCCGCGGCUCGAAUCGGCUCUUGAGCUUAAAGCUCGAUCCCUCCUCUACCUCCGACGGUUCAAGGAGGUUGCUGACAUGCUCCAAGAAUACAUACCCAGCGUGAAGGUGGUGUCCGAAGAAUCGUCACUCUCUUCCGACAACUCGUCCCAGCAGCUGUCGAGGGAACGGGUGAAGCUCCUCUCCUCCGACCAGUUCCCGUCUGAUACGACAGAUAAAGAACCCACUUUCAAAUGCUUCUCUGUUUCGGACCUGAAGAAGAAGGUCAUGGCUGGUCUCCGUAAGAGCUGUGAGAACGAAGGGCAAUGGAGGUACUUGGUUGUGGGUCAAGCUUGUUGCCAUCUUGGGUUGAUGGAAGACGCAAUGGUUCUUUUUCAAACUGGAAAACGUCUAGCAUCAGCAGCGUUCAGGAAGGAAAGCGUGUGCUGGUCUGACGACAGCUUUUCGUUUGCCAACGUUGCUGCCAGCAGUGAUUUUAGCUACGGCAAUCCACCGACGAUGCAAACGCCGUCCGAGUCCGAGUGUGUUGCACAACUCCUUGUUCACAUCAAACUCCUCCUCCGCCGCCGCACAGCGGCGCUUGCAGCCUUAGACGCAGGCCUCUACUCGGAGUCCAUCAGGCUCUUUUCCAAGAUAGUCGAUAAUCGCCGAGGAACCCCACAGGGUUUCCUUGCGGAAUGCUACAUGCACAGAGCUUCCGCCUACAGGGCCGCCGGCCGAAUUGCAGAGUCCAUUGCGGAUUGCAAUCGGACCCUUGCACUUGACCCAACCUGCAUCCCGGCUCUGAGCACACGGGCCAGCCUACAGGAGACUAUCAGAUGCCUUUCCGAUUGCCUGCGUGAUCUCGAACACUUGAAGCUCCUCUAUGAUUCCAUCUUACGGGACCGAAAGUUACCGGGCCCUGCUUGGAAGAGGCACAACAUCCGGUACCGGGACGUCCCAGGCAAUCUGAAGGCCUUGACGUCGAAGAUGCAGGAAUUGAGGCAGAGAGUGGCGUCGGGGGAGACGGGUAAUGUGGAUUAUUAUGCGUUGAUCGGAUUGAGGAGGGGUUGCUCGCGAUCGGAAUUGGAGAGGGCCCAUCUGUUGCUGAGCUUGCGGCACAGGCCUGAUAGGGCUAUCAGUUUUAUUGAUCGAUGUGAGUUUGUCGAUGAUCGUGACAGUGAUUCGGUGAAGGAUCAAGCAAGGAUGUCGGCAUUAGUGUUAUAUCGGCUUCUGCAGAAGGGGUAUUCGACCGUGAUGACCACGAUCAUGGACGAGGAGGCAGCUGAGAAGCAGAGGCAGAAGGCUGCGGCUGCCCUACAGGCAGCGGCUUCACUCCAAAACCAAGUAAAAGCCGUCCCAGUGCCAAAGUUGGAAUGCGAGAAGAAUAAUGGUUUACCUUUACCAGCAGCGGUGGAGAUUCAAGGGAAGAGUCGGAGGGGUUCAUCGGAUUACAAUGCAGUGGAUGAGGUUAAGGAGAGGAAGAACGCAAUUGCGAAUGCAAAUGCGGCGGCCACAGCCACAGCCACAGCAGCAGUAUUCCAAGGGGUUUUCUGUCGAGACAUUGCCGCUGUUGGGAAUUUGCUGUCGCAGGUUGGGUUCGACAUUCCGAUUCCGGUCAAGUAUGAGGCCUUGAGUUGCUGAUGUAAUAAGCAGGAAGAAGAAAAAGUUCAGUAAUAUG